AUGGUGGUUGAUCAGAUAGGUUUAUCCAGGACAGACUGCCCAGGUAUUACACACAAAUUGCCUUGGUGUCCAUCCUUACACUUUUCACCAAGUGACACCAGGAGGCUCAGUCCUCGAGGAGUUCCUGUUACACUGUUGUCCACUUCACGAGCAGCUUCAGGGCACUCAGCAGAGUUCCUCAGCAAGUACAUUGUCCUGUGUCCGAGCAUCACCACUUACAGUAGUGUUACUAACAGUGCACUGUCCCUGUCCUGGCAGAUCUUCAUCCGCAGCACAGAUUGUGAUCGGACGCUGAUGAGUGCGGAGGCCAAUCUGGCAGGCCUGUAUCCCCCAGACAGACAAGAGAUGUUCAGCCCUAACAUUUCCUGGCAGCCUAUCCCUGUGCAUACGGUGCCCGAGUCUGGGGAAAGGCUACUGAAGUUUCCAUUGGCCCCCUGUCCACGGUAUGAACAGCUACAGAAUGAAACCCGGCACUCAGCAGAGUACACAAAUAAGACCAGAGAGAAUUUGCAAUUCCUGCAGAUGGUGGCAAAUGAAACUGGGAUCCGGGAUGUCUCCCUCGAGUCUGUUUGGAGCGUGUAUGACACACUGUUUUGUGAACAAGCACACAAGAUGAAGCUGCCGUUAUGGGUGACCCCAGAUGUCAUGACUCGAUUGAAGCAAUUAAAAGACUUCAGUUUUGAAUUUCUGUUUGGGAUUCACCAUCGGAGAGAGAAAGCUCGUUUGCAAGGCGGGGUCUUGCUGGGUCACAUUAGGAAAAACCUAACCAAAGCAGCAAAUGUCUCUGCCCACCAGCACCUGAAACUACUUGCCUAUUCUGCACAUGACACCACACUUGUGGCACUGCAGAUGGCUCUGGAUGUCUACAACAAGAUUCAAGCCCCAUACGCCUCAUGUCAUAUAUUUGAGCUGUACCAAGAGGAUGAUGGUAACUUCUCUGUGGAGAUGUUUUUCCGGAAUGAGAGUGGGAAGGAACCUUUCCCACUGACACUCCCUGGCUGUCAGCAAAAAUGUCCCCUGCAGAGAUUUUUGCAACUCACUGAUCCUGUCAUUCCCCAGAACUGGGAACAAGAAUGCCAGGUAGCAAGCACUGUGCAUGACACAGAACUGUUUGUGGCUCUGGCUGUGUGUGGAUCCAUUCUCUUUCUCCUUAUCAUCCUCCUGCUGACUGUACUCUUUCGCAUACAGUCUCAGCCCCCUGGCUACCGGCAUGUUUCCAAUGAGGGAGAAGAGCAGGCAUGACAAUUGCUCCAACUCCUUCCCAGGCAGUAGGAGGGAGCAGUGCUGCCCGUGAUGAUUGGGCACCUCAGUUACUAAGCGUUCUUCUGCUUUGGUCAUUGUGUCCCAGAAUGAAGCUGGACUGUGAUUUUUGGAUAAGAUGUUUUCUAAAGGUGAUGUCACAGGGAGAGGACUGAGCUACUCAUCUGAAUUAUAAUUCUGAAGCCAG